CCAAUUGCUUCUUUCUUAAAAAGGUUGUGUUCAAUGCACUCGUGCAUUGCAAAUAAUAUUAAUUACUCACUAUUUGAUAAUGCAAGCUCAUUGCAUGCCUAUUAUAUAAUCUUCAAUAGCAAGAUCCGGACAUAGUGGUUGGGAGACAUAGCAUCAUCAUCCUCACCAAUAUGUUUACAUCAAAAUAAUACUAUCAUGUUAGCCUUACUGUACAUGUGUGUGGAGAGGAUGAGAUUCCUUCUGUCUCCCUUAUGACUUUUUGCCUAUAUAAAUAGAGGGUAGAUGCCAAUGAAAAAUCAAUCAAAUUUUAGAUCAACAUCAACAGCUCUCAAUCUCUUCUCCAUCUUUUUACAGGAAAAGAAAAAUGGCAGCUUAUCACGUUCGAUCCAACAGUUUCCCCUCUAAACAACAUCCUCUUAUUUCCGAGUUUGAUGCCAUAUUGAGGUCUUCUACAGAAGCCUCAUCUUCAACAUCAAUAACCUCAAAGCUAAACAGUCUUCAAGAUCUCCAUGAUUGUGUUGACAAGUUGCUUUUGCUUCCUCUAAAUCAGCAAGCGUUGUCCAAAGAGCGUAACGAGAAAAGUCUAAAUGAAAUUUUGGAUGGAUCCCUAAGACUCUUGGAUAUUUGCAACACAGCCAAGGAUGCCUUGUUGCUAACAAAGGAAUCAACACAAGAACUUCAAUCAAUUUUGCGUAGAAGACGCAGUGGAGAAAUGGAAUUAACAAGUGAGAUUAAGAAAUUCUUAGCCUCUAGGAAAGUGAUGAAGAAAACACUCCGCAAGGCCUUGGAAAACAAAAGCAGUUUCAGCUCCCUCAAGAAGGAGCAAGUGAGCAGUGAAACUGUAAGCAUGUUGAGAGAGUUGGAAUCGAUGGCUGUGGCUGUUUUUGAAUCAUUGCUUUCAUUCAUCUCUGGGCCAAGGUCAAGCAGCAGCUGGUCAUUGGUUACAAAGAUGAUGAACACCAAAAGAGUGGGUGCAGAGGAUGUUAAUGAAUCGAAUGAAUUCACAAGUGCUGAUGCAGCAUUGAACUUGCUCAUCCCUGCUAAGAAGGUCAAGAAAUCAGAUAGCAGCCUAGAAGAGAAUGUACAAAAGCAGCUUCAAAACUUGGAGUUGUGCAUUGAAGACCUCGAACAAGGAGUUGAGAGCCUUUACAGGCGUUUGAUCAAAACAAGAGUUUCUCUACUCAACAUCCUCAAUCACUAGCUCAUUACAAUAUCUUAGAUUUGUAUCAUAGAUAGGAAUACAAAUGUACAUGUUUACAAGAUACACAUGGCAUACUUUUUGCGAAUACCAAAUAAUCAUAUACUUU